UGAUUGCACCGGGUGACGCGUGAUCAUUUGGCGCUACACGAGAGCGUUUGUUGAUCGCGCGUAAUCGUUUGUUUUAUCCAUUAUUGUGUAUUUUCAACCUCAAUGACUUUCUUUCGCAGAGACCCAUCGGCCGUCUCUCCCUUCGCCAAAUCAGCCACACGCUAACUAAAUCAACCGCAAGCACAUAAAUGAUUGGAGCUCUCAAAUGAAGUGUAGUUUAUGUGAUGAACUUAAGCUUGAAGAUAAUUCGCGAGGACAAAGGGAUUUUUCUUGCACUGCGAAUUCCCACCAAAAAAAAAAAUAAAAGCAAAACUUGAUGGAGAGUGGCGGUAAAUCGAUGACGUCGCAUUGGUGUGAAAGACAAUGCAGCUGCGUGCCCCACCUUUUCGUAUUGCCGCCGCGGCUGCACACACAGAAGUCUUAUAGUGGGGCGCUUGGCUGACUUUUGCGGGUGCCCCAACCUCUUGAGAUUUCCCCAACACGGACUCAACAAAUUAGACUCUCAGCGACUCUUAAGCGGAUCGCGCGGAUUUUCUAUCGGCUCCUCCAUGAGUUUUGAGUGAUUGCAGCUCAAUCUUUUCUCAGUGCUUUUUUCUUCUGUUUUUUUUUUUUUUAAUUGAGUUCCAAACACACCUGAAUUGGACUCCUCUUUAGGGGAUAAACUGCGCCAAAGUGUGGAUUUUGUGCCCUUGUGUGCGCGGAAUGGGAUAGAAAUUUCCCGCAAGACUCAACGCAGGAUUUUUUCCCCAAAGUUUUAUUUUUUUUCUCAUGCAAAGGAAAAGUGAAGCAAAGAGAUAUUUCUUUGAAUUUAAUUUUUCUCUCUGUCCAAACUAUUGGUGAUUUUAUUGUUCGGAAAAACAACGAGAAAAAAAAGAUCUUUCUGUAUGAAUGAAAAAUUGUGAACAGAGGCGAUUUAGUGAAAUUUAAGUGGUUUGAACAAGUGAAACUCGACUCGACGACAGCACACAACCAGCAUUAAGGUCGCCAAUUCUCUGCCUUCACCACGUCUUGUGGAUUUCUUCGCCAGGCAAUCGCGCACAUAGAAAUUUGAUAAAAAUCCAUUGGAGUGGAAUUUUUUAUUGGAGUGAGAGUUAAUUGCAAAGAAAAACUUCAACGCCUUGAGAUAAAGUUCUUCAACAGCAGCAACAACAACAACAUUAAAUUGACGAAGAAGGAAUUUCUCCACAAAAAUGUUACCGCCGCGAUUGAUAAAGCUAACGUUCGUCCUAUGCCUCCUUCUAGCCAUUUUCUUCACACAUACAGAUAGUGCUCAAGCGAGUACACGUCGAAGAUUGCGACGACCAACAGGAAGUCCCACAAUUGUACGUACAGUCACAUCGAGUUCACGCGUAAAUGCUGUGGCUGAUAAAGCACAAGAUAGGUCAGAUCAGAUCCCUGCACCUUCAGUUAAUCGCUUCCGUGUGAGGAGUAAGAAUCGCAUUGCCGUGGGAGCAGCAAGUGCAGCCGUUGCGGGUGCUGCAUCAACGGCAAUUGCAACAAAGGAUGGUGGUGUGGAUAAGGAUGGAUAUAAGAUUGUGUGCUACUACACAAAUUGGUCGCAAUACCGCACGAAGAUUGGUAAAUUCCUACCGGAGGAUAUUCCAGCUGAUCUGUGUACGCACAUCAUUUUUGCAUUCGGGUGGCUCAAGAAGGGCAAAUUGAGCUCCUUCGAGAGUAAUGAUGAGACCAAAGAUGGCACACCAGGACUCUACCAGCGUAUCCUUAAUCUCAAAAAAGCCAAUCCUAAACUCAAAGUUCUCCUUGCAAUCGGUGGAUGGUCAUUUGGUACGCAGAAAUUCAAGGAUAUGUCAGCCACACGCUAUGCCAGACAAACAUUCAUCUAUUCAGCCAUUCCCUUCCUGAGGCAGAGAAAUUUUGACGGUCUCGACAUGGAUUGGGAAUACCCGAAGGGAACUGAUGACAAGAAGAACUUUGUUCUGUUGCUAAAAGAACUGAAAGAAGCAUUUGAUGCGGAAGCUCAAGAAAUUCGUAAACCACGACUCCUUCUCACAGCAGCCGUACCCGUUGGCCCGGAUAACGUACGCGGUGGUUAUGAUGUUCCAGCUGUUGCCAGCUAUUUGGACUUUAUCAAUGUCAUGGCGUACGAUUUCCAUGGGAAGUGGGAACGUGAAACAGGUCACAAUGCCCCCUUGUAUGCACCAUCGAGUGAUUCUGAGUGGCGAAAGCAGCUGUCUGUGGAUCAUGCAGCAGGGCUUUGGGUAAAACUUGGAGCACCAAAGGAAAAAUUGGUCAUUGGUAUGGCAACGUACGGUCGUACCUUCACCCUGGCAAAUACAGCAAAACACGGCCCUAAUUCCCCAGCAACUGGUGGUGGAAAGGCGGGGGAGUACACCAAGGAAGCCGGUUUCUUGGCUUACUACGAAAUCUGCGAAAUGCUCCUCAAUGGUGCCGUGUACGUGUGGGAUGAUGAAAUGAAGGUACCCUACCUCGUGAGUGGAGAUCAAUGGGUGGGCUUUGACGAUGAACGCUCCAUCAGGAAUAAGAUGAAGUGGAUUAAGACAGGCGGCUACGGCGGAGCUAUGGUGUGGACUGUGGACAUGGAUGACUUCUCAGGUGGUGUAUGUGGAGGAAAUGUCAAAUACCCCCUUAUUUCAGCCAUGAGGGAGGAACUUCGUGGAAUUAAACGUGCCAAAGAUGAGAAGGAUGUUGACUGGAGUAAGGUUGCAGCCACAUUCGAUGAUGAGCCUGUUGAGCAACAGAAACCCCUGCCAAUUAAGAUUCCAGUGUCUGAAUUGUUGGACAAAGUCAGAAAGCCAUCAAAGAUUAACAAAAUCAAGCAUGGAUUAGCCACUGUCGAUAAACACUCUCGUCCCGCACAGGUAUUCUGCUACUUAACAAGUUGGUCAGCUAAACGACCUGGUGCUGGUAAAUUUGAACCAAAAGACGUUGACGCUAAGCUCUGCACACACUUGGUUUACGCUUUUGCCACACUGAAGGAUCACAAACUAAGCGAAGCUAAUGGUGAUGAUCCCGAUAUGUAUGAUCAAGUUAUUGCCCUAAGGGAAAAGAAUCCAGAACUACAAAUUCUCCUGGCAAUUGGAGGAUGGGCCUUUGGAUCGACACCAUUCAAAGAGCUCACAUCCAAUGUCUUCCGUAUGAAUCAAUUUGUCUAUGAGGCGAUUGAGUUUUUGCGUGAAUAUCAAUUCAAUGGACUCGAUGUUGAUUGGGAAUACCCACGUGGGGCUGAUGAUCGUGUAGCCUAUGUGAAUCUUCUCAAGGAGCUCCGUGUUGCCUUUGAAGGGGAAGCCAAGACGUCGGGGCAACCACGUCUACUCCUAACAGCAGCUGUUCCAGCGUCCUUUGAGGCAAUUGCCGCUGGAUACGAUGUUCCCGAAAUCUCCAAAUAUUUGGAUUUCAUCAAUGUCAUGACGUACGAUUUCCACGGACAAUGGGAACGUCAGGUUGGCCAUAAUUCACCCCUGUACCCCCUUGACUCCGCAACGGGUUACCAAAAGAAGCUAACAGUGGACUUUAGUGCACGCGAAUGGGUUAAACAGGGUGCACCCAAGGAGAAACUUCUCAUCGGUAUGCCAACAUACGGACGCACCUUUACCCUGGUUAAUACAACACAAUUUGACAUUGGAGCCCCAGCAAGUGGUGGUGGUAACCCGGGGAAAUUUACAAGUGAAGCUGGCUUCCUGAGCUACUACGAAAUCUGCGCCUUCCUAGCUGGUAGCAAUACAACCCUCGUGUGGGAUUCAGAACAGCAAGUGCCAUUUGCCUAUCGCAAAGAUCAAUGGGUUGGUUUCGAUGAUGAGAGGUCACUCAAGACAAAGAUGCAAUGGCUGAAGGAGCAAGGAUUUGGGGGUAUUAUGGUUUGGUCAGUGGAUAUGGAUGACUUUUCAGGGAAAUGCGGUGGUGGAAGGUAUCCACUCUUAGCUGCACUGAAUAGUGAAUUGAAAGACUAUAAGGUUGCCCUUGAAUACGAUGGUCCAUUUGAGUCUCAUGGCCCACGUGGAGCCUACACAACAAAAGAUCCCAACGAAGUAACUUGCGCGGAGGAGGAUGGCCACAUUAGCUAUCACCGUGAUAACAACGACUGCACACAUUACUACAUGUGUGAGGGUGAACGUAAGCAUCACAUGCCAUGUCCAGCCAAUUUGGUGUUCAACCCCUCGGAGAAUGUUUGCGACUGGCCCGAAAAUGUUGACGGUUGCCAAGAGCAUACACAGGCACCUCCAGCCAAGUAGUCAUCAACUGAAGGGUCUUCCCCCCUCCUCCCCCAAGAAAUUGAGAUAAAUCUCACACCCACGAGCUUAUUCUUAAAGAAUUAAAAAAAAUUAACUUUAUAUUGUAAUUUUUAAGGCAAAAAAAAAAACAAAAAAUGAACCUCCACCUUUGACCCAUGAGGACAUAUACAUUUCUUCUUCUCUGAUUUUUUUUCUCUCUAAUGCCUGCCUCCCUGCAAAAAACUGCCUGGAUGUAAUUUAUUAUUUUUUUUUAUACAAAAAUCCUUUUUUUUUUACCUACAAAGAUCUGCCUGAUGUGCUUUUGUAUUUUUUUUUAAAUAAUAAUCUUUCUAUCAUUUUAUUUUUACUUUUAAGUUAUUUUAUUAACUCUCUGCGCCUAUAGAUGUAGAGAAAAAAAGAGACAAUAAAAACAAGAUGAAAGUGAAUGAAAGAAAUUAACUCUCUUGUACUUCCGCCUUGAUUGAAAAUGCAGAAGAAAAGCUAAAGGUAUACAUGGAUGAUGACGAUAUACUUCACCACGCUUUCUGUAACGUUCUAUGUAUUUUUUUUUUCUUUAGGAAAAUUAAAGAGAAUCUUUAAAAUUCAGCAAAAAUUCGAAAAAUUCCUUCUAGAAGAGUUUUUUUCGUGAAUAAUUUUUUUUUCAAUUUCUUUUCGUUAUAUCCUUUGACUAAUAUAGAGACACUCAAUGUAAUGUAAAAUCUGUGAUAAUUUCAUAUCUUUCCUGUUUUUUUCAUCUUAAAUAAAAUUCCUCCUACAAAAUCUUAAGAAAAAAUAACAUAUUUCUUGACAAGAAAAAGAGAUUCCAAAAUGAAAAUGAGAAAGAAUGUCAAACAAGGGCCGGAAGUAUAUUGAACAAAAAUUGUUUAAAGAAUCCAAUUUAUUGUAGUAUAUUUUGAAGUAUUUCACGAGGUUGUGUAAGAAGAUUUAAAAAAAAAAUGAUGUAUAAAAUGUUAUACAAAUUAUUAUAUUUGACAAAAUAAAAUGUUAAUAUAAUAAGAGAAAA